UGGAGUUUUGAUGUAUUUGAAGUAUUUAAUGCAACAGGAGGAAAUCCAUUAUUUGCAACAUGUUAUGCUUUAUUCUUGAAAUAUGAUUUUAUUAAGAAGUUUAAUAUUAAUGAAGAGAUUUUUAUUAACUUUUUAAGAGAAUUAGAAGCAGGUUAUCAUCCAAAUCCAUAUCACAAUAAUGCACACGCAGCAGAUGUACUUCAAGCAACACAUUUUAUUGUUCAAGAAGGUGGUUUAAUUGAAAAGUUAGCAGUUGAAGAUUGUUUUGCAGCACUUGUUUCUGCAACUAUUCACGAUUAUGAUCAUCCAGGUUUAAAUAAUGCAUUCCAAGUUAAUACUAGAAGUUAUUUGGCAACAUUGUAUAAUGAUAGAGCUGUAUUAGAAAAUCACCAUUGUUCUCAAGCCUUUGAAUUAAUGCGUCAAGACAAGUAUAAUAUUCUGAGUGGAUUGAGCAAUGAACAAAAGAAGGAUAUUCGUGAAACUAUUGUUGAAAUGUUAUUAGCUACUGAUAUGGGUCAACAUGCAAAAAUUGUUGGUAAAUUUAAAGGUAGACUUGAAGCUAAGGCAGAUUUUAAGGCUAAAGAUGAUAUUAGAUUAGCACUUCAAAUUGCUAUCAAGAUGGCUGAUGUUUCAAAUCCAGCUAGACCUCUAGGCAUUGCUUUGAAAUGGACUGAAAGAAUUACAGAUGAAUUCUUUGCACAAGGUGAUUUGGAAAGAAAUAGUGGUCUUUCAAUUUCACCAAUGAUGGACCGUGCUACUCAACAUGUUGGUAAAGGUCAAAUUGCUUUUAUCAAUUAUCUAGUCACUCCAAUG